CCCUAGAGACUGGGAACCUCUCCUCCCUCCUUUUUCCAGCUUUAAAUACGUCCGCAUUUUCUCCUCCAAAUUUAUCCCCAUAUUUCCCUAUUUCCCAAAAUUUAAUCAGCAAAAUCCUCUGCAUCUCCAAACCCGAACGACCGCGGCGAGAUUCCGAGCGUAUUUCGGGAUUGUAAUCGGAAAAUGGCGACCGGAAGAGUAGAUCUGGAUGGCAAUCCGAUAAAGCCGAUGACGAUAUGCAUGAUCGGCGCCGGCGGCUUCAUCGGCUCGCAUCUAUGCGAGAAGCUGAUGGAGGAGACACCGCACAAGGUGCUCGCCGUCGACGUCUACAAUGACAAGAUCAAGCACCUCCUCGAGCCGUCGUCGCAGUGGGGCGACCGCAUCCAGUUCCACCGUCUCAACAUUAAGAAUGACUCGCGCCUCGAAGGCCUCAUCCGCAUGGCAGAUCUCACCAUAAAUCUUGCCGCUAUAUGCACUCCAGCAGAUUAUAACACACGUCCACUUGACACUAUUUACAGCAAUUUCAUCGAUGCUCUGCCUGUGGUUAAAUACUGUUCAGAAAACAGCAAGCGUCUCAUACAUUUCUCCACUUGUGAAAUUUAUGGAAAAACCAUUGGUGCUUUCUUGCCCAAAGAUAGCCCAUUACGGCAGGAUCCAAAUUAUUUUCUCCUCAAGGAGGAUGAAUCCCCUUGCAUUUUUGGCCCUAUUGAGAAGCAGAGGUGGUCAUAUGCAUGUGCAAAGCAGUUGAUUGAGAGAUUGAUUUAUGCUGAGGGUGCCGAGAACGGUCUUGAAUUUACAAUUGUGAGGCCAUUCAACUGGAUUGGUCCCAGGAUGGAUUUCAUUCCGGGUAUUGAUGGCCCAAGCGAAGGUGUUCCAAGAGUUCUCGCUUGCUUUAGCAAUAAUCUCUUGAGGCGUGAACCACUGAAGCUGGUUGAUGGUGGACAAUCACAGAGAACUUUUGUUUAUAUUAAGGAUGCUAUUGAGGCUGUUCUUUUGAUGAUUGAAAACCCAGCCAGGGCUAAUGGUCAUAUUUUCAAUGUGGGCAACCCCAACAAUGAAGUUACAGUGAGGCAGCUUGCUGAAAUGAUGACUCAGGUUUAUGCGAAAGUGAGUGGAGAAUCAUCUCUUGAUACACCAACAGUGGAUGUGAGCUCAAAAGAAUUUUAUGGUGAAGGAUAUGAUGAUAGUGACAAGAGAAUUCCAGACAUGACUAUCAUCAACAGACAGCUUGGAUGGAAUCCAAAGACGUCUCUCUUCGACCUGCUGGAGUCCACCCUUACUUACCAACACAGGACGUAUGCCGAAGCAGUGAAGAAGGCAACCUCAAAACCUGUGGCAAGUUAAAGCAGUGAAAAUGAUGGAAUUGGUUUUCUCUUGAAUGUGCUUAUUCAUUUCCUUCCUUCUCCCAAAGACACAAUAUUCUUUUGUCUCCCAAGCCUAUAGCACACGGUUGUAAUGAUGAUCAUCUUUGUAUUGUCUAAUAUCUUUGCUUCACUAAAUUUUUGCUGUAAUGUGACUCGAGGAAAAAAGCAUUAGAGGGGGUUCUGUUAGUUACUUGUUACUCUAGUUUGCCCUGAAGAGACCCUGCCUCAUGUAUUGUUUUGUUCAAACGAUUUUUAGUCUAUCAUUUCUUAUAAUUCUUUCUUUAUUAA